CACUGAAGAUGGCAGAAGCUCACCAAGCCGUGGCCUUUCAGUUCACGGUCACUCCAGACGGGAUCGACCUACAGCUGAGCCAUGAAGCUCUUAAGCAGAUCUAUCUGUCCGGACUUCAUUCCUGGAAGAAGAAGUUCAUCAGAUUCAAGAAUGGCCUCAUCACUGGUGUGUAUCCAGCGAGUCCCUCCAGUUGGCUCAUCGUAGUGGUGGGUGUGAUGUCGACCAUGUACGCCAAGAUCGACCCCUCCUUGGGAAUCAUCGCAAAAAUCAAUCGGACCCUUGACACGACCGGCUACAUGUCCAGCCCGACGAAGAACAUUGUCAGCGGUAUCCUCUUUGGCACGGGCCUCUGGGUGGCCCUCAUCGUCACCAUGCGGUACUCCCUGAAGAUGCUGCUCUCCUACCACGGCUGGAUGUUCGCGGAGCACGGCAAGAUGAGUCGCGCCACCAUGAUCUGGAUGUGUAUGGUCAAGAUCUUUUCAGGCCGAAAACCCAUGUUGUACAGCUUCCAGACGUCUCUGCCGCGCCUGCCGGUCCCAGCCGUGAAAGACACCGUGAGCAGGUAUCUGGAAUCGGUGAGGCCUCUCAUGAAGGAAGAGGAAUUCAAGCGGAUGACGGCUCUCGCCCAAGAUUUUGCUGUCAGUCUUGGACCGAGGUUGCAGUGGUAUUUGAAGUUAAAAUCCUGGUGGGCUACAAAUUAUGUGAGUGACUGGUGGGAAGAAUACGUCUACCUCCGAGGACGGGGGCCGCUGAUGGUGAACAGCAACUACUACGCCAUGGAUUUUCUGUACAUCACACCAACCCACAUCCAGGCAGCGAGAGCGGGCAACGGUAUCCACGCCAUCCUGCUUUACCGACGCCAGCUGGACCGCGAGGAAAUCAAACCAAUUCUUCUUUUGGGAUCCACGGUUCCGCUCUGCUCUGCUCAGUGGGAGCGGAUGUUUAACACUUCUCGGAUCCCAGGGGAGGAGACAGACACCAUCCAGCACUUAAGGGACAGCAAGCACAUCGUCGUGUUCCACAAAGGGCGCUACUUCAAGGUCUGGCUGUACCACGACGGCAGGCUGUUGAAGCCCCGAGAAAUCGAGCAGCAGAUGCAGAGGAUUUUGGAUGACCCCUCGGAGCCUCAGGCUGGGGAGGCGAAGCUGGCGGCGCUCACUGCCGGAGAAAGAGUCCCCUGGGCCAAGUGUCGCCAAGCCUAUUUUGGGCGUGGGAAAAAUAAGCAGUCUCUUGAUGCCGUGGAGAAAGCAGCAUUCUUCGUGACGCUGGACGAAACGGAACAAGGAUACAGAAGGGAGGACCCAGACACGUCACUGGACAGCUACGCCAAGUCCCUCCUCCACGGCGGGUGCACUGACAGGUGGUUUGACAAGUCAUUCACAUUUAUUGUUUUCAAAAACGGCAAGAUGGGCAUGAACGCAGAACACUCCUGGGCUGACGCACCGAUUGUCGGCCACCUUUGGGAGUAUGUCAUGUCCACUGACUGCUUUCAACUGGGUUAUGCGGAGGAUGGACACUGUAAAGGCGACACCAACCCGAACAUUCCGUACCCCACCAGGCUACAGUGGGACAUCCCGGAGGAAUGUCAGGAGGUGAUAGAGACGUCCCUGAACACCGCGAACAUUCUGGCCAGUGAUGUGGAUUUCCAUUCUUUCCCAUUCCACACUUUUGGGAAAGGACUGAUCAAGAAAUGCAGAACGAGUCCGGACGCCUUUGUGCAGCUCGCCCUGCAGCUGGCUCAUUACAAGGACAUGGGCAAAUUUUGCCUCACCUACGAGGCCUCCAUGACCCGGCUCUUCCGAGAGGGGAGGACAGAGACGGUGCGUUCCUGUUCCAUUGAGUCGUGCAACUUUGUGCUCGCCAUGGUGGACCCCACGCAAACGGUUAAACAGAAGCUCAGAUUAUUCAAGCUCGCAUCCGAGAAGCAUCAGCAUCUGUACCGCCUCGCGAUGACCGGCUCUGGGAUAGACCGCCAUCUCUUCUGCCUUUAUGUGGUAUCCAAGUAUCUCGCUGUCGACUCCCCUUUCCUUAAGGAAGUCUUAUCUGAGCCUUGGAGAUUGUCAACCAGCCAGACCCCUCAGCAGCAGGCAGAGCUGUUCGAUUUGGAGAAGUAUCCGGAGUGCGUGUCCAGCGGAGGGGGCUUUGGACCGGUUGCCGACGAUGGUUACGGUGUGUCGUACAUUCUCGUGGGCGAGAACCUCAUCAAUUUCCACAUAUCUUCCAAGUUCUCCAGCCCUGAGACAGAUUCUCAUCGCUUCGGGAAGCACCUGAAACAAGCAAUGAGUGACAUCAUGGCCCUGUUCGGGUUCAGCUCCAAUUCCAGAAAGGAAUUCCAUUAGGGCUGCCGUGAAGGAAAAUGAGCUCUUCUGAUAAAAACCAAAUGAAAAAUAGCUCUUAAUCCUGAUUGUAGGUCAGGUUGAAAAAUUGCUGUACAAAACUCGAAAGUUGUCCUUCCAUCAAGGAUUUGGUGUUUUUGUUUUUCUAGAAUAGCUGGCUCCACCACGUGAAGUAUAACCCUACUACUUCCAGGCAGGUCCUGACUCUGGGAACAUGUGCUCAAGUCCCCAGAAAGUCUUUGCAUCAACUUGUGUUUAUAAAGGGAUUAAAAUAUGGUUGAGCUAAUUAAGGAAUUAGUGGGGUUGUGACUUCACACACAUUGGAGAUGGAAAUGGCGUGCCUCCUCGGUGGCCACCAAAUAGCUGGUACUUAUGGGCAUUUAAUUUAACCAGAGCAGCAUAAACAUUUGUUCAGAGAGAAGAGUGGUGUUCAAGUGGGAGAUGUUAACAGUUAUAGUGGAUGCUCAUGUAACGUACUCACGAAAACGCUGUGCUUUUGGAAACAUUUUCGUCUCUGUGGGUAACUCUCUCAUUGUGUAGUUUGCUAGUCUGUGUCUGUCUCUCCAUGUUUAAAGCAAGUAGUGUGUCACGUCUUUAGUUUCACUGACUUUACAAGUCUUCAAAACCCAGUGCCUUAAAAACAGAAGGCCCUAAAUGUAAGGGAGACCAUAUGAAAGAUUUAUUUUGUAAAGUCUUUAGGUGGAAUUGUGGGUGUCUUACUCCCUUGUCAUUGUACUGAGUGAAUCAUCCUAAAAAAGCAUUUUCCUGUGGUUUCCCUACCCCUAGAAAGACCAGCUUCCUUAGAAAGGCAGCUAUGCUGGAUUCCGCCAUCAGACUGCCUUCCUUUCUUUAUUAAGCUACAAAGGAGAGAAUGGGCAUGUGUCAGAAAUGGAGAACAAGGGAUAUGAUGGUCAGAUAUUAUGUGUCUGGAGCAUUCACUGAAGAGUAAAAUAUAACGUGUGCCUCAGGAUUACCGUUUACCCAAACUGACGGCCAAGAGAGCAGGAUGUUGGCCACUGAGAGAGGAAUAAAACUUGAGAGAAGAGUGACCUCAAAAUGGUCAGGAGAGUGCAGCUCCAAUACGCCAGUAGGAAUGCUUUCUCAUCCCACCCAGUGAGAGAGAAGACCCACUCUUGUUUCCAAAGGAGCUGGAGGUAGAUGGAAACGAUAUGCUGGGCCGUCUCAGUGACUGACUGUGUCACAAACAAUGGGUGCUAGGUUUCACACAGCCUACCCUUUAGAUGGGAGUGCCUUUAUGGAAAGAGUGUGGUUGACCAAAAUGCAAUUAUGCACUGAAUCAUCUUCAGUAUUUAAUGUACAAAUAAAGGAUCAUGGAAUGAAAUACCCAUCGCCUCGGGGCUGUAAUGACAAG